AUGUACAAGCUAAUUCUAUUAACCUGGCUAUGCUUAUUGCCAGUACAAAUGGUCUCGUCAGAUUCCACCAAAAAAUUGUUUCCCAAAACGGAUGUCAACGAUUUAGUUUACUUCAACCAAGUGUUUGAUAUGGCGACAAAACAAACAUCAGACCCAGACUCAGAUUCAUUUAUUGAAAAUUCUAAUAAAACUAUUACAUUAAUAACUUUGGAUAAACCACCAAACAAUGACACUAAUGCAGUUGAUGCUCAAUUUAAGAAGAAAAAGGGUAAAUUGAAGCCAAAGUGGGAAUUGAAUGCUGGUGUUUAUUUGGAGAAAAAAGUUAAUAAAAAAUUGUUGAAAAAAUCUAAAAAGAAAAACUCAAAGAAAUUUGGGAUCCUAACUAAUAACAAUGGAGAAACUGAAAGGAUCUUGAUUCCGACAGAACUAAUGGUUUCUCGAGCUACUCCUGGUACUCACAAUUUGUUUUCUCAAAAUAGUUCAAAUUAUCCUUUUCAAUUGACAAAAAUCAAUAUAACAUCAAUAAAAAAAGCACCUGUGUUGUCCACUUCAAUUGCCCAUGAAUUUUUGGACAUCAACCAUGGAAUUGUCAAGUUUUCAAUUGCAAAUAAAGUCUUUGAUGGGUUUUGGAAUCAAAUAUUCUGGGCAUUUCUCUAUAUUUUGUAG